UCGCCUCUCGCAAUUCCCCAGCCGCCCUCAAUUGCGAGACGCCGAUUGGCUGUUUCCUUUCAAACUACGGCUCGAUUCGUUUCUGAUACUUGGGCUUUAAAAAAAAAUCUUCUCAGGGAACUUUGGUAUAAAAAUGUUGAGUUAAGUGUCCUUAACAAAAAAACAAACAAAAAAGCAAGCAAAAACAACCCUUUCGUCACAGUGUUUUUAAUGAACUGAAUAAACUUCGCCUCGACUGGUGAGGGAAACGUAUGUUAACUCCUAGUGGCAGGUAUCAGUUUCCAUGGCAACAUGCUUACGGGCAACAUGGACUUCCAGCAGUGGAGUAGUCAUGAUGUCGCAGGAUGGAUUGGGUCUUUAGGAUUUCCACAAUAUAAAGCAUGCUUCACGGACAACCUCAUCACUGGGAGAAAACUCAUCUAUGUCAAUUGCAUCUACUUGCCAAGACUUGGAGUCACAGAUUUUAAAGAUAUGCAGGUCAUCUCUGCUCGUGUGCGUGAGCUGCUGGGGAUCACAGAGACCAGGUGGAGCAGCAGCGUCGCCGAUCCUCUGCGGGACAGCAUGGGCCUGUUCUUGGAGAAAAAGAGUCGCACAGGUGAACAGACAGAGAGCCUCACCUACCAGCAGUUCUUGGAUGACAUGCGUCAGGGAGAGAGAAAGAGAGCUCAUCGUGAAUCACAACUAUGAAGGGGCACAGUAAAAAAAAAAAAAGACAUGUCAGUGUCAUUUCCAUUCGCCAACUGUCCCAUGAUGACUCAGAUGAUACACUCACAGUGGGUCACAUGCAGGCCUUGACAUUAACACUUCCCACCACCAAAAUGCUUGUAUGCUGUUGUCAUUUUAACUGGUAAUAUCAGUGUUCUUCUAGGGAUUUGUGAAGGUUGGCCAGCAUGU